UAUGUUCCAAUUUUUUAUUACAAUAAAUUUUGUGCAAGACGCAAGUAGGCUUUGAAUUUAGCACAAGUAGGCUUUGUCUGUCAUUUUACAAAAAUCAAGGUAUUCGACUUGUGAUAACAAUGAAUUUGAAUCAGUCUUUUAUUCCCAAAAAGCGACUCGGAAACGGCCCAGGAUUCCCAACUUUUAAGGUCAAAACGGUUAUGGGACCUCCGACUCGACCAGUAUCCAAAAAUCGAAAUAAUCGGCAGAAAAACACCUCCACCCCAUCGUCUGGAACAAAUUGGGGUCGCAGUUGCCCCAGCCUUUUCAAUAGUUCGGUCUUGCGGUCUGGAGGUACGACAGUAUCAACAGAAACUGAGUCUAGAGUGAUUGUAGCUUUGACCGAAGGUCGAGGUGAAGCACGGUGCGAAGUUGGCUUGGCAUCGAUCGAUUUGUCAAUGCCGACCUUGAUUUUGUGUCAAAUGUCAGAUUCUCAAAGUUAUAUCAACACUUUGACCAAAAUAAAUAUCCUGAAUCCGAGUGAUAUUAUAGUGCCCUCGACAUUUUUGGAAAGUAAUAGUCGAUUGAUUGAAAGUUUAAAAACUAAAUUUCCCAAUAUUAAGAUUCUGGGGAUCCCCCGAAAAACCUUCAAUAAAACUAACGGUAUGGAACGAAUUUUAGAGUUGUGUCUGCCGUCGAUUAAUACUAUUUGUAUCGGCCUUCAACAUAAAUAUUACGCUUUAGCUGCCGCCUCCGCCCUCACCACUUACCUACAAACCUAUCUCAAUAUUUACUACGCGAAAGAAUCGAUCAAUAUUUCAUAUCAAGAGUCGGAAGGAUACGCCAUAAUUGAUUUUUCUACUGCUGAUCGAUUAGAACUAGUCUCGAGCACGAAGCCCUUACAAGCCACCCGAUAUUCAACCCUUUUCGGUGUUUUAAAUAAUUGUGUAACCGGAGUUGGCGCCCGCCUACUCCGAUCCACCAUUCUCCAACCGCCAGCCUCCCCCACAAUCAUCGACAAGAAUCUACAGUGUGUCUCAGAAUUAAUGAAACAUCCGCAAAUGUUACUCUCUAUACAGGCAAUCCUACAAAAAGUGUCCAACAUUGAUCAGUUACUAACCCUAACAUCUAUGUCAACUGAAACAAAUGAUAGUAGCUCAGUUCGACAAUUGAAUUAUUUGUUACUUCUCAACGGUUUGAUUGACUUGAUCGAGCCACUAAAAGACGUCAUUGACAGCUGUCAACAACCAUUUUUUAAUGAAUUAAAAGGGACUCUAGAGAGUGACAAUUUUGUGGAUAUCGCUAAUUUGAUAAGAACAAUGAUACAUCCAUCGGCACAGUUUGCAAAAAGUCAAGCUGGAACUGCGCAACGCUGUUUUGCCAUUAAAUCUGGAAUCAACGGCCUACUUGAUCUAGUGCGAAAAACAUAUUCCGAGAGGUUGAACGAUAUGACAGAAUACGUGAAACACUUGGCAAAUAAAUAUGACUUACCUCUGACGCUCGGCUUUAACAAUACGAAGGGUUACCACAUCGUAUUUAAAUUAAAUAGCCAACAAAAACGCACGUUUAAAAAAUCUGACUUGCCGGAAGAAUUUAUCCAAGUCUAUCGUUUGGCCGGGAGUUUCACUAUGAAAACACCCGAAUUAAUAAACUAUUCGACGCGAUUAGAAGACAUAAUGGUUGAAAUAUUGAAAAUUAGUAAUCUGAUGGUACGCAAUAUAAUAAUUGGCUUGAAACAACAUUUGGGUUUUUUUUAUAAGUUGUGUGAAGAUAUAGCCCGGCUGGAUAUGUUCCAAUCAUUGGCUGAAGCAAGUAGGCGUGGCGGUUAUACACGCCCAAAGUUUGGGGACUUCACCGAACUCACAAAUGCGAGACACCCGAUGUUGGAAUUGUUAAUCGAACAAAGUGUUGCCAAUCCUAUUUCGAUUUGUCCAGAUUUCAAUGUACAAGUUAUAACCGGUCCGAACGGUUCGGGGAAAAGUAUAUAUAUCAGACAAGUUAUGUUACUGCAAAUUAUGGCACAAGUUGGGAGUUAUGUCCCCGCAGACUCGGCUAUUUUUAGACCAAUGAAUCGAAUGUUUGCUCGCGUUUACUUAGAAGACGACAUGGAGUACAAGGCUUCGUCUUUUAUUCUCGAGAUAAAAGAAGUGAAAUAUAUUAUGACUCUACUGUCGGAAAAUUCUUUAUUUAUUAUUGACGAGUUGUGUAGAAGCACAUGCGCUGACGAGGGAGCCAAUUUAGCAAUGGCUAUUUGUGAAAAAUUUUGCACAACUUCGGCUUUUGUAUACGUUACGACUCACUACACAUCACUUGCUAAUCUCAGGGAAAUGUAUUUCAAUGUUAAGACGUGGCAAAUGGAAACAAUUGCGACCGGGGAAACCCCACAAGAGCUUACUUUAGAGUUUAAGCAUAGGUUAAUCCCCGGUGUGACGCAAUUGAAACAUUAUGGAGUCUACAUUGUGAAAAAAAUAUGGCCGACAAGGAUUUUAAAUGAGGUUUACAGGAUUUUGGAAGCGCGUCAAAAACCUCCUGAGGUUAGAAAAUAUAAAGGUCUUCAUGACGCAGUUAGGCUUAAGUAUAAACUAGAGUCAGAUAUGCGCAAAUUAAAAAGUUUAAAAAAAGCAACUAGAGCUACGAUCAAUAAAUUGUUGAACGAUUAUGAAAACGAUUUGCAAAAAGUUAAUAUCACUGUUGAUCGGUCUAUAAACGAAAAUGUGAUCGAGUUUUGUGAUGAAAAUUUUAAAGGUGUUGAGACGCCACAAUCAUUCAAGGACGCUUUUGAGACUUCGAGUUACCGAAAUUUGUCAAAUUUUAUUCGAGAAGAUAGCGACAAUAUUAAUAAACUCAUACCAGAAGUUGGUAUCGAGUGUUCCGAAAGAGAUUUAACUAUAGACGGUGACGAACAUGACAUUGUUUAUUACCAAAGAGAAUGGUUUCAACAAAACGGUGGAGAAGAAAAACAAAUAAAUAACGGUGAUAAAUCCUCAUUUUAUGAGAAUGAAGUGCAAAAUGGCAAAUUUUCCGAAAAUGAAAAACAAUUAAAUAAUGAAACGUUUGUCCAAAAUGAAAAACAGUUUUCGAAUCACAGCUAUAAAGCAACAUCGUGGAGUUUUUCUGGCUCAGAAAUCAAAGAUUUGACUGAAGAAGAAUUGCAACUUAUCGAAGAGGAGUUCGAAAGUGCGAGUAGAAGUCUUCUAAGAGAUGGUAGUUUCGAUUUUGAUUUAUCUCAGGGUAGUUCCUACAAAACUGCGACCGACGAACCAAAUUCAGCUAAAGAUCAGAGUCAGCAACACAUUUUUCCCAUAGUUAAAAUAAUUGAAGGUCCCCAGUGGUCAUCCGAUUCGUCUUCUAACAGUAUACCAGAGAACAAUAAACCAGAAAUGCACAGUUAUGACUCGGAAUCGAUAAGUUAUUCACCUUUGGGUUCUCAGUUUUCAUUUUCUGGUCACAGCGACCAAACAAAACUCAACAAAGAAUCAAAAACAAUAAGUUCGAGUUCUUUGCAUUUUAUUGCAAAAAAUGGAAAUGAAACCACAAAUUUGGCUGACAGUUCGGCUAUAAAAGACAUUGAAAAUAUCACAGUUGAAAAUGAUCAAACAAACUCCAAGUCAAAAACCAACUCUUCAUCAAGCAAAGAAAGUUGCAACCAGCGCUUUUUUUCCUUUUCGGGUCUCAACGAUCAAACAACAGUCGACAAAGAAUCAAAAACAAGUUCGAGUUCUAUGCAUUUUAUUGCAGUAAAUAGAAACGAAACCACAAAUAUGGAAGACAGUUCGGCUAUAAGAGACAUUGAAAAUAUCACAGUUGAAAAUUUUAAAACAAGUGACGAUCAAACGAACUCUAAAUCAAAAACCAACUCCUCAUCAAGCAAAGAAAGUUUCAACAAACAAAAAAGAUUCAACAAACGUUUCAUUCCACCUAAGAAACUCACCCGAAGAGAAAUACAAGAGGAGUUUGACGAGCAAGACCGAAAACUUUACGAAGCAGAUAUCACACAAUCAGAUUUUUCAAAAUAUCUGUCACAGAUUUUGAACAGACCUUCGAUACGACAAAUUCAAAACUCCAAACAUUUGGCUUUCGUACGUAAAACAAAUGACGGCGUGGAAGUCAUUCCUGCAAAACCUGAACCCAAAAAGAGAACUACUUUCAAGAGAAAGCUUUCGAAUAGUAACAACUUUGAUAUGUCCAUCUUCAGUGAUAAAAACGCGAAACGUUUUGAUGAGUUUGUGAACUCGGAAGAACGUGAUGUGAAACAAUUCAAAUUUAGUUUUGGAACGCAGGAAGUGAUUCGUACGAAACCUGAAUCCAAUGAGAGAAAAAAUAUCUUCCAGAGAAAGCCUCCGAAUAGCAGCAACUUAAAUAUGUCCAUCUUCACUGAUAAAAACGCGAAAUGUUUUGAUGGUUUUUUGAGUUCGGAGGAUCGUGAUGUGAAACAAUUCAAUUUUAGUUUUGGAACACAAACGAAGAGUCCAGAAAAGUUUAAUUUUCAGCCGCAGCGCAUUUCUGACUAUAUGGCGGCCGCAGAAGAUAAGCCAUUUUCAUUCCCUACCCAAAAUUCUGAUCAGUUUCAUUCGUUAAGUUCCGCUACUCCUGAUUGUUAUUAUAAGGAAAAUAAACAAGAUAUUGACAACAUCGUCAACAAGUAUUUACAACCGGAAAGAAUUUUUGAAACUCCGGAUGAUUUCAAUGACCACGAUCUUGAUUUGUAAUAAGUAGUGUUCAAAUAAAGAUCUAGUUGUUGUGUUUUUUGACUUUUGAUUUGAAAAUUACUUGUCA